UGUAUUGCCAACAUAAUGUCAUUUUGACUUUUCUCUUAAAAAAAAAAACAGAUUUUAUUAGAAUUCCUUCUACUGUUCAAGUUAUUUUAAGUGGUUCAAUUUAUGUUUCAUCUGCACUAAUUUUAUUCUGUUCACACUGCUCUGAUUGUUACUGUUCGAACUACAUUCAAGAUUUCCAAAAUGAAUCCUAUACUACUCAUCUGUACAACAGCACUUUUCGUCACUGUCCAGUGUGACCAAUCCAGCCAAAACCGUCCAAAUCGUCAAAUAUUCACUGGCCCUCACCAUAAACUUGCACUCGCCCAGGUCCAAGUGCCUCACACUCCAGAGUUUUCUGGAAAAAUUUCGUACGGCUCAGUUUUACCGAUAGCUUCAGGACACGUUUCGGUUGGUACGCAGCAUCAUGGCAGUGUAGACGUAACAGGCCAUGCCCCACGUUUUUCAUUGCAAGCGUUUCAGGAACCUUCAUAUAUUGCAGGCGAAAUUAAAAAACUAGUUCGGGUACCUGUUGAAGAUCUCAUCGAUGAAGAAUGGAAGGCGUUUAAGAUGACGUACAACAAAAUAUAUCCUUCAACUGAAGUGGAAAACUUCAGGCGGGAAGUUUUCAUUGAAAACCGUGCCAAAAUAGCCAAAUUCAAUCAGGAAUACAGCCAGGGCAAGCGCAACUUUGUCCAGCAAUUGAAUCCCUAUGGCGAUUUGCUGCAUCAUGAAUUCACCCAGCUAUUGAACGGUUUCAACAGAACUUCGCUGCCAAAGGUUUCCAUACCGACUCCAAGUACGUACAUACCGAGCGCUAACGUUGUUUUACCUACCAGUGUGGACUGGAGACAAGUUGGAGCGGUUACUCCUGUGACGUCACAAGGAACUUGUGCUAGUUGUUGGGCAUUUGCAGCGGCUGGUGCCCUAGAAGGUCACUGGUUCCGCAAAACCGGCCAACUGGUCGACGUGAGCGAACAAAACUUGGUCGACUGUACGAAAUCCUACGGUAACGAUGGUUGUAUGGGUGGCCUGGUCGAUCCAGCGUUCCAAUAUGUCCGAGUCAAUGGCGGAGUGGAUGCUGAGGAGGCGUACCCUUACGAAGCUAAAGACGAUCAACAGUGCAGGUUCCAACCUGAUAAAGUGGUCGUCAAGUGCACAGGUUAUGUCGACCUAGCAGAAGCCGACGAAAAAGGUAUAGAAAUCGCUGUAGCCACCCUCGGUCCUGUAGCUGUAGCUAUCGACGCCGGGAAGGACGGUUUCCAAUUUUACUCGGACGGAGUUUACUUUGACGACUGCGGAAACACUCAGGAUGACAUGAACCACGCAGUUUUGAUCGUCGGCUACGGCCAAGAACCCAACGGCCAGAAGUAUUGGUUGGUCAAAAACUCUUACGGACCUCAAUGGGGCUUGGGCGGGUACAUUAAAAUGGCUAAAGAUGCCGACAAUCAUUGCGGUAUCGCUAAUCAAGCCAGUUAUCCUUUAGUAUAAGAAUUAGGUGAUUUAAGUAUACACUGCCAGAAAAAGAUUUUAAUUUUUGUUCAAAAUUAAUCAGAGCCUGAUGUAUUUGUGUGCCAUACAAUAUCCGUUUCAAUAAUUGAAAUUCAACAGAUUUUUCAGUUAUAAGUGUGGGUGGUACUAUUUAAGUAGCUGUCAAUUGGUUACCAUAAAGUUUUAUUGAUUUAUUCAUAGUGUGAAAAAGAUCAGGCUAAUAUAAGUAAUUGUAAAUACAAAUAAAUGUGAUUUUUGUUUUAUUAUGGGCACCUGUAGCUAUAAAUUAUCCACCUCAUGGUCGCUUUCUG